AUGGCGUCAUCCUCAUCUUUUAACGCGACGUUAGCCGUGCUCUUAGCUGCCAAGUAUUGUCGUCAAUAUCCUCUCUUUCGAUGGCGUGAAGAAGCUUUUCCAUCUAUAGGUCGACGUGCUGAAAAGUAUUAUUUUCGUGUCGAUAUGCUGAAUUUACACCAAGAAAAGAGCGGCGAGAUGUUAUUCAUGUUACUCCCAUCUCAAUUAAGUUUACUUGAUUUUCAAAAAGGGACUACUCUCUAUCGACUCAAAGCGCUGCUUGUUACGCUAAAGCAUCCGUACAUACUUCCAAUCUUGGACAUGUAUUAUUCAAAAGAUAAACAAGAUUUACUUUUUGUACAGCCUUUUGUACCCACUG